AUGAUAUCCCUCGUAUGCUGUGCCGCGAGCGGUGGCGUCACUUCCGGCGGCGCUCUGGGCGGCGCAUCUCGGUUGUUCCGGCGUGAGGGCGGCGGUGGUGAAAGUCACUUUGACGGGAGCAGCGACGGCCGCCAUGGCUGAGGACAUCAGAGCCAAACUGGAGCACUACAAAACCGCUCCGUUCGACAGCCGCUUCCCCAACCAGAACCAGACCAGGAACUGCUGGCAAAACUACCUGGACUUCCACCGCUGUGAGAAGGCGAUGGCGGCCAAAGGCGCGGAUGCCACCCCGUGCCAGUGGUACUACCGAGUCUACAAGUCCAUCUGUCCCACCUCCUGGGUGACAACGUGGGACGAAUCCCGUGAGGAGGGGACUUUCCCUGGCAAGAUCUGAGCUUCAGGUCGCGAGAGCGGGGGCCUUUUGUGGGGCUGGGGGGUCGACUGUUGUCACCUGGGGGUGUCGGUGACAAACCUGGUGGAGUCGGGGGACACCGUUGUCACCGUGGGCCGAGCGACACGGCCAAUAAAUAAAGGGUUAAACUGGC